GUGGCCUUGGAUGCGCGUCUUCGUGUAAUGACUCUGAAUGAGAGCGAGAGGCGCAUGGAAUUGCGACUAGUCCUAGGGCAGAACCCCGGAGAUCGCCCGUAUCUCGUCGAAGUUUGGGCUCGUUGCUGGUGGCUUGGAAGACUUGGGGCGAGGGGAAUUUUCGAAGUUGAUUUGGAGAAGGGAACUCAGGAAGAGGUCGAGAGCUUGGGGAACGCGUGCCUCUUCUUGAACGACAGCUCUUCCUUCUGCAUGGAGUUCAACGCCGGGUCUUGCCUUCCCGGAAUCAAGCCAAACCACGUCUAUUUCACAGAUUACGUAGAUGAGAAGAACAACUGGAAGAGUUACAGCAUGGGCAACAGAAAGGUCGAGACAUGCUUCGAUCCAACUAGUCGCCCUUAUGCAAGCCAAUGGUUCCAACCUGAUUUCUGAAUUUUGGUCUCUUCCUCUAUAUAAAGAUUUUUGAUGUCAAACCGAGGUCAAUUAGUGAGUGUAGGUUUAUUUU